UUAUUUUACCACUUUAAAAUGUCCAACACCGGAAAAUAUGUUCGGGCCCCCGCUUAUGAAAGCGAGGAGGAGAGUAUAAACGAGCUGGAAUGCGGCGAUGUUUUUAGCCCAGGGAGAUUUGUCCGAUUGAACCCAUCUAACGAGGACUUCGGUGACGUUGAUGCACAAGAAAAUGACCCCUAUGCAGAUUACUACAGGACUGUAGAUCCGGAUCAAGAAACUCGGGAACUGCGGCAAAAGGUGCAGGAACUGGAGAAGACUAUUGCUGAAUUGUCUGGGGCCAAGACAUCUGAUCCUGAACAUGAUCGAACAACAGCAACCGUUUCAUCUUGCGAUAUUAGUGCACCAAGCAUCAGAUGGGACAACAUGAAACCAUUUCCAAGUGGUGUGCCCGCCAAUAAAAUGUGGGAGACUUGGACCAAGUAUUUUGAAAAUUUUGAGAUUGCGGCAUCGUUGUCCAAUGCUCACGACCCGGUGAAGAGAUCACAACUCCUGUUUUUAUCGAUUGGUGACGAGCUUCAAGGUAUCAUCCGGGCAGCGAAAUUGCGACCUGUUACAAACGAGCCCGAUUGCUACGCGGUCUUCGUCAAGAACAUUGAGGAUUACUUGAAAGCGCUAACAGACACAGCAUGACAUGUUUUCUUCGAUGCAGCAAGAAAAAGGGGAAUCGGCAGUCAGCUUCCACUCCAGGUUGAUGGAGAAAGUUUGGCUUUGCGGAUAUAGUCCAGCCGACCAGGAUCGUUUUGUUAGGACACAACUCUUAAAAGGAUUAAGGAAUCGUGAUCUCGCCAAGGCAGCCAGGACGUAUGGGCAUGACACGAAUUUUAUAGUUCAGUCGGCAGCGCGGGAUGAAGCUUUGCUUCCCGAGUCUUCAUCGGUUAACGCAGAUGAUCCAACGUCCAUCAUGGCGGUAUCUCAAAGGUUUUCGCGUAACGUUGGAAUGAAGCGUAAGCACAAUAGCGAUUAUAAAAGGAACGAUGGUUUCCACCAAAAUUCCGCUCGAGGCGGUAAGCCUUCCCUACAACGGUCGGAAAGAUGCUCCAAGUGCAAUCGAGCUGCUCAUGAAGGCCAACGCUGCCCAGCGGUGGAAAAGCCUUGCUAUUCCUGUGGACGUCUUGGACAUUUUGCUGCUACAUGCCGUAUGAAACGGAUCAACGUCGAUCAAGACAGUCAGUUCAGAUCUAAUUCUUUUCAACCGAGACCGUCCAGCUCUGUAGCUGAGAUUGAGGAUCAUAAAG